CUCGUCGCCGCCGCCAUUUUAGCUCCUGGUUCCGGCCGCACGGUGUGGGCUGUUGUAGCGGGAGGGGUAGGGGUCCUCCAGAGUUAAGUAGCUGUUCUCUACUGUGUGGAAACAGCCGCCAGCCUCUCUUCUUUCUCUUUCUUCCCAACCGCCCGGUCGAAGAGUGCGAAGAUGUCCAAGCGCCACCGGUUGGACUUGGGGGAGGAUUACCCCUCCGGCAAGAAGCGUGCGGGGACCGAUGGGAAGGAUCGAGAUCGGGACCGGGAUCGUGAAGAUCGGUCCAAAGAUCGAGACCGAGAACGCGAUAGAGGAGAUAGAGAGCGGGAGAGGGAGAAAGAGAAGGAGAAGGAAUUACGAGCUUCGACGAAUGCUAUGCUUAUCAGUGCUGGAUUACCACCUUUAAAAGCUUCCCAUUCAGCCCACUCAACCCACUCAGCACAUUCAACACAUUCAGCACAUUCUGCUCAUUCAGCGCACACCGGACAUGCAGGGCACACCUCACUUCCACAGUGCAUUAAUCCAUUCACCAACUUACCCCAUACUCCUCGAUACUAUGACAUUCUAAAGAAACGGCUUCAGCUCCCUGUGUGGGAAUACAAGGAUAGGUUUACAGAUAUUCUGGUUAGACAUCAGUCAUUUGUACUGGUUGGUGAGACUGGGUCUGGUAAAACAACACAGAUUCCUCAGUGGUGUGUGGAGUAUAUGCGAUCAUUACCAGGACCCAAGAGAGGAGUUGCCUGUACCCAGCCCCGGAGAGUGGCUGCAAUGAGCGUGGCCCAGAGAGUUGCUGAUGAAAUGGAUGUGAUGUUGGGCCAGGAAGUUGGUUACUCCAUUCGAUUUGAAGACUGCAGUAGUGCAAAAACCAUUCUUAAGUAUAUGACUGAUGGAAUGUUACUUCGUGAAGCUAUGAAUGAUCCCCUCCUGGAACGUUAUGGUGUAAUAAUUCUUGAUGAGGCUCAUGAAAGGACACUGGCUACAGAUAUUCUCAUGGGUGUUCUAAAGGAAGUUGUAAGACAGAGAUCAGAUUUAAAGGUGAUAGUUAUGAGUGCUACUCUGGAUGCAGGAAAAUUCCAGAUUUACUUCGAUAACUGUCCACUCUUAACUAUUCCUGGGCGUACGCAUCCUGUUGAGAUCUUCUAUACUCCAGAACCAGAGAGAGAUUAUCUUGAAGCAGCAAUUCGAACAGUGAUCCAGAUUCAUAUGUGUGAAGAGGAGGAGGGAGAUCUUCUACUUUUCUUAACUGGUCAAGAGGAAAUUGAUGAGGCCUGUAAAAGAAUAAAGCGUGAGGUCGAUGAUUUGGGCCCUGAAGUUGGUGACAUUAAAAUCAUUCCAUUGUACUCUACGCUUCCACCUCAGCAGCAACAGCGCAUUUUUGAGCCGCCGCCUCCAAAAAAGCAGAAUGGUGCAAUUGGAAGAAAGGUUGUUGUGUCAACUAACAUUGCAGAGACAUCUUUGACAAUAGAUGGUGUGGUGUUUGUGAUUGAUCCUGGAUUUGCCAAACAAAAGGUAUACAAUCCUCGAAUCAGAGUUGAGUCUCUCUUAGUGACAGCCAUUAGUAAAGCUUCUGCGCAGCAAAGGGCUGGCAGGGCUGGGCGCACCCGGCCGGGGAAGUGCUUCCGACUGUACACAGAGAAAGCGUACAAGACGGAGAUGCAGGAUAACACCUAUCCUGAGAUUUUGCGUUCCAAUUUAGGAUCAGUUGUGUUACAGUUGAAGAAACUGGGUAUUGAUGAUUUGGUGCAUUUUGAUUUUAUGGAUCCACCAGCUCCUGAAACUCUGAUGCGAGCCCUAGAACUUUUGAAUUAUCUGGCUGCUUUAAAUGAUGAUGGAGAUCUGACUGAAUUGGGAUCCAUGAUGGCAGAAUUUCCACUAGAUCCACAGCUCGCUAAAAUGGUUAUUGCAAGUUGUGACUACAACUGUUCUAAUGAGGUCCUAUCUAUUACUGCUAUGUUGUCAGUCCCACAGUGUUUUGUUCGCCCCACGGAGGCCAAGAAAGCUGCAGAUGAGGCCAAGAUGAGAUUUGCCCACAUUGAUGGAGAUCAUCUGACACUGCUGAAUGUCUACCAUGCUUUUAAACAAAAUCAUGAAUCGGUUCAGUGGUGUUAUGACAACUUCAUUAACUACAGGUCCCUGAUGUCUGCAGACAAUGUACGCCAGCAGCUAUCGCGAAUUAUGGACAGAUUUAACUUGCCUCGUCGAAGUACUGAUUUUACAAGCAGGGACUAUUAUAUUAACAUAAGAAAAGCUUUGGUUACUGGGUAUUUUAUGCAGGUGGCUCAUCUAGAACGGACAGGGCAUUACCUAACUGUGAAAGACAACCAGGUGGUUCAGCUGCAUCCCUCUACUGUUCUUGACCACAAGCCUGAAUGGGUGCUUUAUAAUGAGUUCGUUCUAACAACAAAGAAUUACAUCCGGACAUGUACAGAUAUCAAGCCAGAAUGGUUGGUGAAAAUUGCCCCUCAAUAUUAUGACAUGAGCAAUUUCCCACAGUGUGAAGCAAAGAGACAGUUGGACCGCAUCAUUGCCAAACUUCAAUCCAAGGAAUAUUCACAAUACUGAAUUCAAUGCUUAGAACUGAAGUUAUUCAGAGGACAGCUUUAAAAGAUGAAUGAACUCAAAAGUUCAAGUUGUGCUCUUCACGUUGGUUCAAUAAUGGCCUUUAUUUGAAAGCUUUUUAAUUUUUCUUUACAGUAAAUAUUCCAUUCUGAUUUCAUAAAUUAAACAUUUAUGCCUCCCUUUUGUGUUGACACUGUAGCUCAUACUGGAAAAGUCGAUCAAUGUUUUGCAGUUUAUUGAAAGUAGUUCUAUAUAUAACAAUGUUACAAGCAUUUCUUUAGAAAUGGUUGAAAAUGCUUCUAAAAUGUGAUUAUCGACCAUGGUAUGCAUGAUCGUUGUAAUUGUUGACAUUCCUUUUAGAAGUUGUGAAAUGUUACAACUUGUGCUUAUGUAGACACAAUCUUCUGUCUCAGUACAGAGGCACUGACUUCAAUAAAGUCUAUUUAUACUAAUUUUGGUUAAAGCCCCCUGGUAUCUUUGUUGUAGUCUCUGUAGUAUAGCUGCUUCUCUUCCCUAGAGUGGGGCUUUUUUUUUUUUUUUUUUUUCUUAUACUACGAUUACACAUGUAGCAUCUUUCUGCAGAAUACCCCUUAGAUAGUCAUUAAAAAAAUAUUAGAGCAUAGUUUAGUGCUUUGUUAGAUAAACCAGGACGUGAUAUAACGUGAUAAGUAUAUAGUAUUCAUUUGAAAUUGGAUCCCUAGAGACUAAUGAAAGGAUAGCAUUUUCUUUUUUGCCUUUCUUAAAGUUCAUAUUUUAACGUUUGUAAUUUAUUAUCUUGUUGCCACUUUUAAUGAGGUCUUAUUAUGUUUAGAUAUACAUUUUAAGCACUCUAGCCUCUAAAACAUAUUUGUUUCUAUUAGGAGGGAACCACACAUAGAUCUCAAUCUGUUUUAUUAAACUCAUAGUGCUGAAAGUUGCAUUCUAUAUACAAAAUCAUAUGAUGUGUUAAAAAUGUGUCUUUGGCCUUCCAUUCUCUAUAUCAGGCAGUAGACAGUUUUGGAACAAAAAAAUGGGGUAUUUAAUGAGGCCCAUUUAAGAUUUUGUAAUAAAUCACUUGUUUUCACUUGGAAGACCAAAUAAUGUGCUGAUUGAUUUCUGGACUCUAUUUAAAAGUUUUUAAAGUGUUAAUGGAAUAAGAUUUAAAUAUAUUCAGAGGCAUAUAGAAUUUUGGAUAGGUAGAACAAAGUUUGUGAUUUGUAGGUUCUAGGAAUUCCAAGUGCUGUUUCCAUUUUGAGUGCACAUUGGGAGUGCCCAUGGAGUCAGAAGAGCAGAUGCAGCUUUGUUCUUCAUCUACCCCAGUGUGGGCAGUUUUGCUAGGCUGAUAUUAACCAGGGUAUGGAUUUUAAAACUUCUGUUCUCCAAUUCGGCAGCUGAACACGGUUGUGGCUACCAAAUAAUCUCUUUGUGGUAUAGAUCAAGAAAACGACAUUUCAAAAUUUCUUCUGAGAUAAUAUUUAGAAAAUAUUUUUGAAGAUUAUUUUAAGGGGUCUAUAUCAUUCUUUUAGAAUAGGCAAGCUGAAUUUUGCUGUGAAUAUGACAAGGAAAGCCAGCUAAGAAUAACCAUUGAGAAAGCUGAGGAAAUUAACACAAUUUCUGAAAAAUGGGACAAGAUAAAACCUAUCCUACAAACAGUACAGCCAUUAGUUAGCAUCCAAAACACAAGAUGCAGUCUACACUCAAUUCUUAUAUUCAUUAUGAGUUAUUCCUAGAAUUUUAGGUUUAUGGCCUCCCUAUAAGCAUUGGGGAAUUACUUUAAUGGCCACCUUUCUGCUCAGAUACUUAAGAAAAAUCUUUCAUUGCCUUUGAAGUCUUAGUUCCAUUAGAAAUUAUGAGCUAGCAGUAUUUUUCUGUAACUACUUAUUUCUGUUUAUUAUUAUUAUUAUUAUUAUUAUUAUUAUUAUUUUGUUAGAGCAAAGGUGGUUCAGUAAGGCUGUUUGGGGGGUGUUUGGAGGUGAGUAGCCAUUCCCUCAACCUUCCUCUUUAACGUGCUUUUAGAUCCUCUCCACACUCCUGGUUAACGUUUGCCAGAUGGUGUCUGGACUGCUGUCCACGCUGUGAUCUGAGCUGGGCCAACCUCAGUUGGACGUAUGUUUCCCAGGAGAGCAGGCCUGCCAUUGGCUUCUAUUACUGCAGCACAAUGUGACAUUGACACUUCAAGCUACCAUAGCAUAGUUUUCAAGAGUUGAAGGGAUCUAAUUACUACAUAAAAGUUUUUGAUCCUUGUGGCUCAGUGCUGAGAAAAAAGACCUUCACAAACCUUCAGCAGUGUUAAUUUUUGGAGACUUCACCCCACAUUAAAAUGAAGAACAGUUUUAAGAAUUAAAGGUGCAAUAGGAAUGUCUUAAGUAUAUAUGUUUCUUCAUAGUCUUGGAGUUCUUAUUGUGAGAAACUAACCUACAUUGUUCUUAAAUACAGUUUUUAUCAUUAAGUUUAAAUGGUUUUGGAAGUUACUUGAUUUGAAUUUUAGUUUUUCUUUACGUUAAAUAGAGUUGUUUCCUAAUCUCCGGCAUUUUUAGUGGUCCCUAAGAAAACUUACUGAGAACCAAUUUCUGUCACUCGUAAUUAGUAUAACCAUGGCUAUCUUACGGGAACAUUUUUUCAUUUAUUGCGAAUUCUUUGGAUGAACUCUUUGUAGGGUUUCAUCAUUGGGGUACGUGAACUAAAUCUAGAUAAAGCAGCCCGCUUUAGCCACCUCUUUCACUAGUUAAGUUUAACCCAAACAUGAAACAUGGGAGUUAUGUUUUGGCAAGUUUCCUAGAAUUUUAAAAAUUUGUUUGAAAGAUGCUACGUUGUGUAGAAUAUUUGUAGGUAAUUAUAUUUGCUGUUUGAGAUCUCAAGUCAUAUAUGGGAACACCACAUUUAGGUAACCUUGUUGACAGUUUUUAUUUUACUUGGUGCUAUUUCUUUGUAAUAUUUCUGUAUAAAUUCAUGAGCGGUACUUAUUAACUAACUCUGGAAGGCAUUGUGUGAAAAUGUAAAGAUUGGUAAGUUACUUAAAAUCUGGUUGGAGUUUUUAAAAAAAUGCAGAGAAAUCUGUAAAUUAAAGCAAGGUAUAAUGAAUGUGGUCUGAAAGAUGAGAGUGCUAUUAGAAAUUGGGAAGGAAAGACAUAAUUAGGUAACUCUUGGAAAUUCACACCCCAAUAGCUGCCAGGACAGUGUUGGAAAAAAGUAACCUAACUUGUAAAGUGUGAGCCAUUGAGUUGUAGAGCCUGACUGAGGUCUGGGAAAAGCUUCCAUCCCUGUGUACAGCCAGUUGUUGCCCUGUCUGACUACCAGAUAGUACUGAAGGCAAAGCUGGGAAUUUUUGUCUGUAAAAUUUCCAUAGAGAGUUGAGAUUUUUUUCCAAACUCUUAAAGUUGGAUUGUGGGUGGCCAUUUGCCAUUUCUGGGUUAAGUGACCAGGAGAAAUUAUGUGAAGAAGGUAGUGCUUUGGUUGGACCUCAAACAAUUCCUAGGCUUUCAACAGACUCAGGAUUUCUCAGGUGAUGAGCAGCAUUUCAAGCCAAGACACAUGGUUUGGAAACAGUUCUGCUUAAAUCUACAUACAGUGAACUGUACCUUUUAAAAGAGAUUUACUGCUUAUGAAGUGUGAGGAAAUGUAUAUGGUUUAAUCACACUUAGUACUUCCGUCACCCAAAGAUCUACAUUUCCCUUUGCAGCUAAUACCUUCAUGUGGCAAUCACUGAACUGCCUGUUAAUUUUGCUUUUUCCAGAAGUUCAUAGAAAUGGAAUCAAACUGUGUUUAGUAUUUUUGUGUCUGGUUUCUUUCAUUUAAUAAUGCUCUUGAGAUUCAUCCAUGUUGUGUAUGUAAAUAUGUUCUUUUUUAUUGCUAUAUAACAGUACUCCAUUGUAGACCGUAUUUGUUUAUACAUUUACCAGGUGUUAGAACGUAGGCUAUUUGUGUACAGGUCUUUAUGUUGACAUCGAUUCUUGUUUCUCUUGCAUAAAUAACUGAAUCAAGAUAAUGAGGUUUUGUGAUUUAGUGUGUGCUUAUGAAAACAAGCCAACAGUUUUUCCAAAAUACUGUACUGUUUUGUUUUUCUAUUCCAGCAAUGUAUAUGCUUCCAUUUCCUGCAUCCUCACCAACAUUUCAUAAUUAAAUUUGUUUUAUCUUCAGUUUUAGCCAGUGAGUAGGUUUGUGGUUAUGCUUCAUUGGGAUUUUAGUUUACAUUUCAGUUAGAUUAAGCAUUAAUGGUGUUAAGUUUUUUUUAUGUUUAUUUGCCAUUCAUAGUUCUUAGAUUAAGCGAUCACAUUUCUGUCCUUUUAUAAUUCAUGUUAUUGCUGAGUCCAAGGUUGUUUAUUCAGAACCUUUAUGAGAAUUUUGAACCUUUUUGAGAUAUGUGUUAUAGAAAAUGUUUUGUAGUCUGUUGGCUUGUGUUGUCAUUUUCCUAAGUGUGUUUGGAUAACUUUUAAAUGCUGAUAAAGUCUAAUUUUUCUGCUUUU